CAGAAACAGAAAACAUGUUCGCUUCUAGAGGUCCAACAAAGCUAUUUUUUUCCUAACAUCAUAUUUAGUUUAAGCUGAUUAUUGGAUUUCUAUUUGCACAGAAGGCUAAAUUAGAGUGCUUUGUUAUGGAGGAAGAACUAGAACCACAUGGCACCAAGACGGUGGAGGCUAAAGAAGUUUCUUCAGCUCCUGAGCACUCAUCACCACAGCAGGAGACAUCAUUCAAUAAUGCUGAAGAGGCUGAUGUGGGUUUCAGCGCCUCCUGUCUGACCACCGGAGAACUGCAGCAGCACUGGAGAGCCGUUAAACAGGAGUUUAGAAGCGUUAAACUGCUGUUUGACAUUCCCACCACACGAAUCAUUGAUCAAAAAAUCUCCAAAUAUGUGGUGUACCAGAUUGUGGUGAUCCGCUCAGGUAGUUACGACUUUGAGCGUGUAGCUAUCGAGCGACGCUACUCUGACUUCCUGCACCUUCAUCAGGAGCUCCUGCAGGACUUCACUGAGGAAAUGGAGGACAUUGUGAUGCCCAGGAAGAAAAUGACGGGCAACUUCUCAGAGGAGAACAUCGCAGAGCGGCGCGUAGCCCUCAGAGAUUAUCUUACUCAGCUCUACUCCCUUCGGUGUGUCCGAAAAUCACAGGCAUUCCAAGCAUUCUUCACUCAUAAGGAAUUAAAAACUGCAUAUGACCUCCUACGCGGGGGGCGCUUUUCCCGGGCCCUUGAGGGCUUCCAGAAGGUGUUGGUACUUCAGGAAAAACUUUCUUCUCACAACCCUACUUUGGUGGUACCAACCCUGUGUGCCAUACUGGUGUGCCAAAGAGAUCUAGACGACUUUGACGCAGCAUUUCAAACUGGCAGAAGAGCUCUGCCCACAGUGAGACGCUACGAGCUCUGGCAGUAUCGAGGGCCCCUGCUGGAGGCUCUUGUUGAUUUGGGAUACAGUCUUGGGCUGCCUGUGGCCCAGUUACAGGAUGAGCUGACCAGAGUGCAAGACUCUCCAAACGGGCAGGUGUCAGAGAUGUCCCUUAAAGAACUGGUGGUGCAAGAGUUUGUAUAAUCAGUAACAACUGCUAUUUAGCUGUGUCUAUUUGAUUGAAGCCUUAAUCCAAAUUCCAGAGAGGUGUUUUAAUCAGGGGUGCCCAAACUCUGUCCUGGAGGACUGGUGGCCUGCAGAGUUUAGCUUCAACUUGCCUCAACACACCUGCCGGGAAGUUUCUAGUAUGCCUAGUAAGAGCUUUAUUAGCUGGUUCAGUUGUGUCUAAUUGGGGUUGGAGCUAAACUCUGCAGGACACCGGCUCUCCAGGACUGAGUUUGGGCACCCCUGAUCUAAGAUUAUAACCCAACAGAAAAUACAAACAAAUGAAAAUUCACACAGAUUUACAUUGUAGAGUUCAGAAUUUCAUAGAGACUUGGUGUGGGCCCUUUUUGCCUCUAGGACCAGAAAAAAGCCACCUAACCACCCAGAACAACCACAUAGCAACAUCCACAUAUAUAUAGACAUGAGGAUAGCCUUCUUUGACUUGAGCGAGUGUGUUGACUUGUUCAACUGUAUUUAUGUUUUCAUGAGCCAUACUUCUUUCAUCUGAUAUUUCUGUUCAUAUCUUGCAAGUUAUUCUGGAUUGCUUUUUGUCCAAUUGUGAGCACUUUCAAGCCAGUGAGUGUUAUUGUUAGCUAAAACCAUUCAAAUUAGUUUUUGUUCACUGAAACAUUUUAAUUUUUAAAUAUUUUCAAAGCUGAAGUAAAAGAAAAUAUAAAUAUUAUAUGAAACACUUAAACUUAUAAAAUGAAAAAUAGAAACAAACUGAAAAUAAGACAAAUUUGAAGUACAAUUACUAAAAAUAAAUUGAAAUGAAGAUAAAUUAAAGCUUAUAUAUAAUAUUAAAAACUAAUGAAAAUGACGGAAGCACACAAAAUUACUCAAACUUAAACUUAAGACUAAACUUAAAAUGAAAACUAAAAAUAUACUUAAAAAAAAAAAUUAUAUUAAAUAUUAUUAUAUUACAUAAAUAAAAUAGCACUGUUUAAAGCACUCUUCUAAAUAAAUUUAUUUGUUUGUACAAUUUGUACUUUUUAAAAACACAGCAUCCUACAAACUCACACUGAGUGAAUUAUUAGGGAUAUAAAUCUUGCUUUGGGAACAAGAAAUCCUGGGGUUCAAAUCCUGGACGAGCUCCCAAAUAAUGAUUUGACUUUCCAUAUCAAUAGAUGAACAUGUUUUUGUGCCAAUAUGUUAUUUAUUUUGAACAGGUUUCUUUGUUUUGCAUAUCCAAAACAGUCUUUCAUUAAAUCAUCUAUUCCAUCAUUAUUUGAUCCUCUAACUCUAGCACUCUCUAUUCUAAUUCUAUUCUUAAAAAAAAACAAAAAAAAAAAAAAAACAACAACAAAAAAACUUGCCCUUUUAGACUUAUAAUCUAUUUAUUUACUUGCUUGUUUUCUUAAAAUAAAAAAAUAAAAAAUGAACACUAGCUCUCUGUUCUUUUUGUAAGGCCUCUAACACUAGCUUGCUUUUUUUGUUUUCUUUUUAUUUAUUAUAUAAUGUAAAAAUUUGAUUGCUUCUAUUGUCCUCUUUUGUAAGUCACUUUGGAUUAAAGCGUCUGCUAAAUGUCUAAAUGUAAAUCGUGGCAUACUAUGCUUAGGCACAAUAACUGCCUUGUCUAUUAUUGUACAUACGUAAUUGUCAAACAACUGUGAAACGAGUUCAAACUAAAUUUCAACAAAAAUACAGGUGUGCAAACUUUUUUUUUUUUUUUUCUUCAUUUAGUCACAAAAUUAGAAGUACAAUUUAAUCACUUAUAUGAAGUACUUCACACUGUCCCAGAACAACAAACAUUAUGCAUGUGUGUCCGUCCCACUCACGUCAUCUUAUGAAACUCCAGGAAGCAGUUUCUUUCUGAUGUGAUGCACAGGUGUGCGUCACACUUGCUGCACUUGAUUCGGACGAUCCCUUUACAGCCGGGAU